AUGUACAAGGAUUCACAGAAUCAGAUCAUGUGCUUCAAGUUACAGUAUUGUUGCCAUAGUCUCAAUCCUUCACAUAUGUGCUGAAGUUUUCAAUUGUUCACUCAGUGUAGCCACAGAGGCACUUUGAUUUGAUAAGGAAGUUUUUGUUUUUAGGAGUAUUGUGAUGAGGGCUGCCCCUCCCCACAGCCUGUCUGACUCACUGGACAUUCUUGAACUGCUCCUCCUGGGACAGUUCGCUGGAUCCUUGAACCCCAAUGACAGAUCAGUGUAAUGAAGUUAUCUCAUUAGAUGAAUAGCCAAAGUGGCUGGAAUGUGUGGUGAAUCCAAUUGAGCCUUCUGUCCUGUCAACUUAAGCCAAGUCAUGAGACCUUAAUGACGGCUAACUUGAUUAAGGAGACAAGGCCUGUGACGUGACUGUUGUCUGUUUUGCAUCAAGCCAUCCCUUGAUUUGGUCUUUGAGAUGGUGAUCUAAGGGAGUUUCGGAGAACUUAUGGUCGAUUUUAUUCACAGGUUGUCCUGUUAUUACUUUGAUCCAUAUGGGUCUGAGCUGGACGCAAUGCUGGAAAGAGGAGUUCAAGGAGGAGUUUUCCCUGACCAAACUCCAUCUUUCGCUCUCUAGAUCAGAGUUCCUGCUGCAGCCACAGGUAUUUAUGGAUAGACAGACAGAUGUCAGUCAUGCUGAUCUACUGAGAUUAAUUUUCACUGACACGGAACCACCAGGCUCCUCUUUUUGUAGGCUUGGGGAUUCUGAGCUUGUCCAAGGGCAACAGGUGUAGUCUUUGUAUUUCAAAUUAGACUACUGACUCUGUCCUCUUGUCCCUCUCUCCCAAAGUGGGGCAUAGCCCCUUGGGUCUGUUUGCUGUACAGGGUCUUCAUGUUGCUCUACACCCUGAUUUGGUGUAUGUACUCUAGCCUGCUGUUCUCCAAUCUCAAGUGGCUUCUUCAGCCACCUGACCUACUGCCUGAUGGUCAUCUACCACCUGGUUGCUUCCUGUAACCUGGCCUGUGCCACAGUCCUAGUCAGGUGCCACUGCAGGGACCAAAGAAAGACUUGCUCUGGAGGGGACCAAACUAGAGAGCGUGGAAUCGGAGCAGAGCCCUUGGGUCCUUUCCCUCUCCCCUCUCUCCUCUUCAUCUCCCUGAGACUGCAGUGGUUCCUCCACAGCCUGAUGUGUGCCUUCUGCCUCGCUGUGUCCUUCCCCUACUGGAGUCUUGACUACCCCAUGGAGCACCACCCUCUUUUCCCAUUCAACCUCAACAUGCACGUGGGAAAUUCUGCCCAGGCCCUGCUGGACCUUCUCCUAUCAGCAACGCCCAUCUACCUGGCCCACUACCUCUAUCAGCUCCUCAUUGGCUGCCUUUACAUCCUGUUUGCUGUGGUCUUCUGGCUGGCAGGCCAAACCAACCUCAGUGGAAAGCCCUACAUUUACAAGGUACUGGACUUUGGAGGGUGCCCCUUGGUGGCCACUCUGUGUGUGCUUUGCUUUGUUCUGGUCUGCUUUCCCCUCUGUCACUUCCUGGUGUGGAAGUGGUGGGGGGAGCGUGCGGCCCGUGCCGGUCUCCCUCUUGGACCCAUUCUCCUCAGUGUUAACCCCCAGGAGGAGGGGAGAGGUCUGCGGCGAUGGGGCCACUCAGUCCCUACUCUCAUCCACCACCAGUCAUUUCUACAGUGCUGUCACUGUCUACCUCUGAGGUCCAGUCUGAACUAACAUAGAGCUUGAUGCCAUGUUGUUUUACAUGUUCUCCAUAAUGUCAUCCAUCUGUGUUGUCCGGUCCCUGUCAGGCCAAACAAUACAAUGCUUAACAGAUCUUCUCUUCACUUUGUAGUGUGUGGUGUUAUAGUUGCCUGGUCCAAGAGGUAACAUCACAGUGGCCAAACUAUGUUAGUAUUUGCAUCACCAGGGGGCAGUAACAGUAUUAGUUGCUUUGAUCACCGUGUUCAGCCUUGGUCAUUUCACAUCGUAAGAUGGCUAAUUUAUUGAUACUACAUGAUUAACACUGAGAUUCUAGAGUAGGCUCAAGUUGGGAGUGGGAGUAACAAGUCAGUAAUAACAUGCUGGUUUUAGGGUUGUUGUUUUUAUAUUUUAUCGAAACUACAAAACUGUGGAUGGAUCCUACUUGCAGAAUACACAGGCCACGGUUGUCCUGUCCAUCCUCACACAAAGCAAAUAACACAGCUGCACAUGAAGUCUAAAAUAUGAAUGAGGCUUAUGUGAGCAGAAUGGUGUGCCAAUGAAGAAAAUAUAUGGUAAUUUGACAUUAAGAAAAUUGUGGGACUUGCUCUAUCUGUUUAAAAUAAUUGUUGUGGUAGUUGAAGAAGUUAUUACAUGUGUUUACUUAAACAAAACAAACAAAGCAGUUAAAAUAUAGUGAAGGUUAAAUGUAAAAUA